CCACCUCCUCCCCCUUAAUAUGAGCGACGCCUACACGAGUGCGAGGCGACGUCGACGAGGACGAGAGAACGAGGAGGCACGCACGAGAGCUCCUCCUCCCACCCAAGCACGGUGGAGCUCAUGUUCUCGGUGCCUGUUCUCAAUCCUAAUAAAGUUGGCUGACGUUGCAUCGCCGGCCUGGCAAAAAAUCAGUGCUUGUUUUUGUCUUGAAGCUUCCACGGUUCCACUAAUAACUCAAGUUCCUUCUUUCCUGAGAACAGCCCAUUUCAGGAGGGAUCUUAGCAGAGUACGUCAAUUUUAUUAUUCAAUACUGCUUGUGGAUAGAAUUACUCUGUUGGCAAGGUUCUUUGUUUUAAGUAACAAAUGAAGGAUCAUCUAAUGCUUAAUGUUAGCAACCUUCCCGAGUCUGUUGAGGCGACCGAGGCAGCCAUGAAUCUGCCUUCCGGGGGAGUUUCUCUACCACCGUUGUCUACAACUCAUACACUUUUGUCAGUUCGGGAAAGCAUGGGUGCUGAGGAAGAGCCUCUUAUUCAGACAGUAGAAUGUCGUAUUUGCCAAGAGGAGGAUAACAUCAGCAACCUUGAGAGUCCAUGUGCUUGCACUGGAAGUCUAAAGUAUGCUCAUCGGGCUUGCGUGCAGAGAUGGUGCGAUGAGAAAGGAGAUUUGACAUGUGAAAUUUGCCAUGAGCCAUACAAACACGGGUACACUGCACUUCCUAGAGCUCAUCCUGAUGAGACAACCAUUGAUAUAAGUGGUGGUUGGACCAUUACCGGCACAGCAUUUGAUUUGCAUGAUCCAAGGAUUAUUGCAAUGGCACAAAAUCACAUAAUGGAAGCUGACUAUGAUGAUUAUUCAGUAACAAAUGCGAGCUCUGCUGCCUUUUGCCGCUCUGCUGCGCUUAUUUUAAUGGCUCUGUUAGUGUUGAGGCAUGUGUUGGUACUAACUGAUGAAGAUGAAGACGACGCUUCUUCAAUGUUUUUGCUUUUUCUACUACGAGUCACCGGGUUUCUGCUACCAUUCUACAUCAUGGCUUGGGCAAUCAAUAUCUUACAGGGCCGAAGGCGGAGGCAGGUAGCGGCUGCUCUAGCUGCAACUGAGGUGGCAUUCAUUCUACAGUCAGGACAAAGAAGGGGCAUGAAUUUCACCAUCGCACCAGAUUCCCCUGCCACACCUCAGCAUGAGCCUAUCCCUUGAAUUAAUGUUGUCAGCAUCACUCAAGUUCAUGUGGCAUUGUUUAGCUGAUGACUUGACGAAGAAUUUGUUAAUUGUGAUUAAUUAAUUAUUCAGCACAAGAUGAGAUGCAAUGUCAUCUCUUAUCAGAUAGAAUGUAUUAAUUCAUGUAUGUUUUGGUGUGUGUGUGUGUAAGAGGUGUCUGUGAUACUGAAGCCCCUUUUUUAUGUAUGUAUGGUAUGGGUUCUGUGUUCAGUGUCCUGCGUAUAGGUAGAGAGCACGGAGAAACACUUUCAGUAGGUUCCUAAUUUUUGUCUCCCAGAAAUCCUUGAUUUUAUUUCAGUUUUGUAUCUUUUUUUA